ACUUACUCAUCAGUUCGUAAAAAAGAUCCAAAAAUUUCUUCCAAAACUACCAUACAAGCUCACCCCAGAUCCCAUUUGAUACCCAAUUAUACUUGAAUCCAGAAAAAAAUUACUUCAAACACUUCAUAAUCAAUGGAAGGGUUGUCAAUAAUAUGCGCUGGCCUUGGGAUCAUUGAGGAGGACGAUGAUGGAAAUCGAAUCGGCUAUACCAAAGGAAAUUACUGCCUAGAUAAUUUGAAGGAUUUGUUGAGGUUUCUAAGGCGAGAUGACCCUCAAACAAGAGAAGUUUUCAAGCAAGUAUGUAAAUGGAAUAUCGUGGGAAAAGAUUUGAUUCCCAUUAUUGAAUAUUGUCAAGAUGAUCGAAAUCUGCUGUUGAAUGCAGUAAAAGUUAUGGUGUUUCUAACGAUGCCUAUUGAGUCUACAUCAAAUGACAUACCGCAACAGAUAGAGCUUCUCUGGGGAAUAAAAUCAUCAAUUACCUUUAGUGAAGCUGUGCCAGUGAUAAUGUCUCUCUUGGAAAGCCCAUUGGAAAAUUUGGCUUGCGAGGCUUUCACAGAAGAUGAUUGGAAAAUGGUGCAGCUGGUGCUCACUUUAUUUCGUAAUGUUUUGGCUAUCCAAGACAUAUCAACCCAGCAGAAAUCUGGUGGUUCUAUGAUAGAAUUUGUAUUUCUCAGAGACAGGUUUCUGGAGCUCUUGUUUCAAGAGAACGUAAUGGAAGUCAUCUUAGUUCUUUCACAACAAGUUGGUGGCGCUUGUAGCUAUCUUCGUCAUGAUAAUUUGCUCUUGUUGGAGACGUUCUAUUAUAUAUUUAUGGGUCAGCUUCCAGAGUUGAUUGCUAAAGCACAUUUCAAGGAUCCAAAGGUAGAUGAAGAUAAUGAUAUUUCAAUCAACUCCCUCAAAGAUAUAAUGGAGGAAGAACGUCAAAAGAGAAAAGUUAUCAGACAACGAAACCUGGGUUGCUAUACUCAGUUCAGCGGAACUUUUACACGGUUUUCCCUGGAUGGUUCUAAAACUUUAAUCAAGGGAAAUCCUUGUUCUGUUUCUAAUGAUCCCCUGAUAAUAGCUCACACGAAGCACCGAGGUCCGGCAAAAAGGACUGUGUGGGACCAAGGAAGAGUACCAGCAACUAACAAUAAGAUUCUAAAUUUGCUUUAUGAUUUUAUUAACCAGUUCCUAGGAGGGGGAUACAACGUCUUGAUGCAGUCCGUUCGUGAUGACAUUGAAAAAGAACAUCAUGCUAUUCAGAAUAGCGAUAUUGUUAUUUUCUUUCAGGUUGCUCAGUUUGUUACUUCUUUUCAGUACAAGAAGUUUUUGAAUCAGCCCCACGAAGAAGUUGAUGCCCAAGAACCGAUGGAUUCUAGAGCUGGCAGCACACUGUUCAGAGGAUGUAUAUGUGGUCCUAUUGCCGAGUCCUUAAAUAUAUCAAUGUUCCAGUUGGUUCUUUCGAGAUGGCGUUUUUCGCUCGAGACCUUGAAGGAGACAAAUGACUGCAAGUUUCUCUAUGUGGCAGGAUCUCUUAUUAAAACUAUGCUUCUUAUGCUGGAAUUGGUGCUUAAGCAGUCUCCAGAAGAUUCCAAGGAGCAUCGAACAUCCCGAAUUCUUCUUUACAAGUUAUUCUAUGAUCAAACUGAAGAAGGGAUGACCCAGUUUCUCUUGAGCCAGAUCAAAUCAUUUGAUACCCAUAAGCAAGCGAGAAGUUACCUUGCUGAUUUGGUAGAAAUUAUCAAUACAGUUAUAAAGCUGAUGGAGAACCUUCAAGCACAUGGUUCAUUAAGGAUUUCGAAAAAGUUGAGGAAGAAACGACCGAAGACUGCAGUUACAGGUGACAAGAAGGAAAAUGAUGAUGAAUUGAUUAGAGAUUCAGCCUCCUUUGGGCUACCUGUUGGUGGCUCUAGUCAUGAAUUUAGAGAUACUGGAUUAGCUCACAAUGGAGAAGAUGCCAUAGACUCCAAUAAGGUUGAUGAACACAUAGGAUGUACCACGGUGAACGAAGAUCAAAUGGUGGUUGAGAGUACUGAUACAACUCACAAUAAUGCUGCAGGCUCUGGAAGUGAAAAGUCAAAUAAUCUUCAUGUAGUUGGAAAGGGAGAAGAAGAUAUAACAAUCCUAGAUCAGGUGAAUCAACCUGUUCCUCUAGAAGCUCAGUCAGGAAGACACCAGAACACUCUGCCAGAGAUGCAACAAAAACUUUCUGAUGAUGUUAAUGACGAGUAUGAUCAUGGCGGGGAUUAUUCUUCUGGUGAUGAAAAUGUGUUGACUACAGAAGAUGAUCUCAAAAUAUCUGCUUUGGUCUCUACUCUUGCAAACAACUCCACCAUUCAUAAUCUUUGUUGGUUACUAAAGUACUACAAAAGCAAUUCCAUUAUUACAAAUAAUUCUGUGAUACACAUAUUACAGAAAAUAUGCGAUGAUCUCGAACUUUCUCCCAUGCUAUACCAGCUAUCUCUCCUCACCAUAUUCUAUGACAUUCUGGAGGAGCAAAAGUCUAGGCCUUGCAGAGAAUAUGAGAGCAUUGUUUUCUUUUUGACAAACUUAGUUAGGAGAAUGCUGCGCAAAAUGAAGAGUAAUCCCCUGCUCUUCAUAGAGGUUCUCUUUUGGAAGUCACGUCGAGAGUGUCAUUAUCUCACUUGCGAUUCCAUGCUAAAGGAUCUAUCUCAAUUUAAGAAUGGUAAAAAUAGUUCUGGUGUUAAAAUGACUGGUGAAAUUGGCUCAUCUAAAGCAAAUGGAUGGACUCGCCGAAGUCUAGCUGAUGCCCUUGGUGAUGAUGAAGCUGAUUUUCCAUUAGAUUUUUCAGACGCUGUCAGAAACAAGGCAGAGGUCACAAAUAGGAGUAGCCAAAGUUUGGGAGAGGGAGCGGAAAUCCCAGCAUCAAUUUCAAAUGAUGAAAAUUAUGCAAUGAAUGAGAAACAACAUUCGGAAAAACAGAAGCAGUCAGUUGAACAAGAGUCUCAGAGAGAACCUAAAAGACGAAAACUACAAGCUCUUAAUGAUGAAUCACGACAGAAAGCUGAGCAACUAUUUGAGAGGUAUAAAGAUAGUCAAAAUUGUUGUGAUCUCAUUGCGGAAGCCCUUGAUCCAGAUGGAAAGAUUUCACCUCUCCAAGUUACCAGGGCACUUAAACAGUUGGGAUACAAAAUCCCACGGAAGAAAAAGACAUUAAAUGCUAGUGCUCCCGACAAACCUAGGAAUGAAGAAAAGGUUCUAGAAAGUGAUCUCAGACUUCAAAAUUCAGAUAUACUAGAAGAGGGUACUUCACAGAGAAGGCAUCUGCACACUAGAAAGAGAGUGCAGGCAUUUAGUCAGGAGCAGGAGCAAAAGAUCAAAGAUUUGUUCGAGCAGUUUAAAGAUCACAAGAGGUGCAGCCACAUGAUUGCCAAUGCACUUGAUUCUGAGGGCACUUUAUCUGCUGCUAAAAUUUCACGAAAACUUAAGCAACUUGGCCUGUAUGUCCCCAAAAAGAGAAGUUUAGAAACCAACUUGCAAUUGAUGGAUGAAGCAAGUGAUGCUUCUACUAAAGGUUCAGACAACUCUGAUGAUGAGACUUUGUUAUCAAUGAGAAGGAGCAAACAUCAGGGGAAAGGAAGCACUUCUGAAGGAGGAGAGAACCAGAAUACAAGGAAAAAAUCAUCAAAAGAUGCGUCUGAUGAUGAAUUGCUGACUUCACUAUUUGUAAAAACUCAAAAAGCUGUUCCACAGAGUGAGGAUGGGAAGCUAAAUAUAAAUUCAAUGAAGACCAGCAGCGAAAGUGACAUUGAAGACAAAGAUGCUUAUGACUCAGAGAGGGGGGAGCUUGAUCAAGCUACUGCAAUGGAGGUUGCAGGAUUCAAUAAUACUGCCUCAGAUGUUGACGGUGAUGUUGACGCUGGUAACCUAGCAACUGACCUUAGCAGUGAGCAAGAUGUUCCUCCUGGCAAUCAGGGUGAUCAGCAAUUACAGGACAAAUUCCAUUCUGAAUUGUCUGAUUUCGAGGAUGAUGAUGCUUCACUUGAAGCCCCUAUUAUUACUGUAUCGAGAAGGCGACUGAGGAUGGUCAUUGAUGUGGAGGAUGAUGACUGAAUCAAGGGUAAGUCAGCCCAUCUCGAGAGCUUGUGGUCGACUGAAAUGUAAUUUAUGAUUGAAGUAUCUAAUGAUGCAAUUGUGUAGAUGAAUGUAAAGCAUCGUCCCUGUUUACUUAUUCUAAAGCUGGAGAAACAUCACAAAUUUUCUUAGCUAGUGAUGAAUCAACCUGUAGAAAUAUAAUAGCAUUGACGAAGCUUAUUCUCUUUUGGUUGCUAACUAAAUCACUAUAAUCUAAAGCCUUUU